AUGCCGCAGUUGCUUGAUCUUCCAGAGGAACUUCUCUUCAGGAUUGCGGUGCUUUUACCGGCACAAGACUUGAUAAGUUUUGCAUCGACGUCUUCGCAACUCCGAGCAAGCUUGAGAGCGAAUAGGGAAUUAUGGCUAACGAAAUGUACAGAGGAAUGGUUUACUACAGAAAAUGCUUAUGAAAGCUGUAUUUAUGAUUUGAUUAAACCAAAGGAUGAAAGCAAGAUCACAGACUAUAUGAGCUAUUUUACAAAAAGGAAACAAAUCGAACGUAGAGCAUCACAAGACAUAGCACAUAUGGCCGAGAUUGGGUUUUCAAGGCACUAUUGGGAGUUAUUCUUCGAACAUUCAAUGGAAUAUGAAAUUGUACCCUAUUUGGCUGCUAUUGAUUCCAAAUUUCCCAUAACGAGACUUGAUGCCAAAGACAAGAUAUGUGGUUCGUUGCUUACAACUAUGCGUCAUAAUCUCGUGUUCAAAGCGAUGGAAAAAUACUCGGAAUCCUACAAUCACAUGGAAAGUUUUGAAACGAAACUUUUACUACCGCUUUCUGCGAUGGAUACCUCUUUCUUUAAUGCAAUAAGUUAUAGGACAUCAUUUUACAACAAAUGCCAUGCGACCAUGAAAAAAAGAAUCAAAAAUUUGGAAAAGGUAAAGUCAGUAUCACCAACAAUUAUAAUUAAACAUUCUAUUUCAGUUUUAGAAUCUGUUUUGAGACAGAAUUUCAGAGCGAAAGAGUCACAUCACCAUGGUAUAGAAGAGUUUUUACUUCCAAGAGUUUACUGUGGCGAAGCCAAUCCCAAUGAAUUACUAUUUAUAUGCAUUCUACAGGAGUUUUCCAGGCAGUUAGGAAUUAAAGUAAAAGUUGCCAAUGGAGCUCUUGUGAUCUCAGAUAGCUUAUCGCCACAGGGGGUGAUAUAUCUCAUCCUGCAGAAGAAAUCGAAUUUUCAGUACGAAUAUCAAUUUCUUACGCAAACAACCUUUAAGCAACUGUUGAACAACAUGAAUGCUGUCCAAGGAGCAGCAAUGGCCAUCGAUUUCGAAACUGCGACAAAAGAAAUGACUGGAAGAGAUGUAUAUACCGAAUUUUUCAUUGGUAUCUCUCAAUUUGAGGAGGCAUCUAUUAUAAAGAAUAAUGAAUUAUGUCAAGAUCUCAAAUUGUUGGAAAAAGCAUAUCCUGUGACAAAGUGUGGUAUAGAAGUUGAGGAAAUUUCAUAUUUUGGUACCUUUAGAAAACUAUUACAGUUUCAUGGCACAAGAAACUUCCAACCUCAUAAUUUCGAGGUCAUUCAACUGAAAUUCAAAAGAUCCAUCCUUCGUUGGUACCCAAUGGACUUGUCCAUUAAGUUCAAAAUAAUUGAAACUGAAACUGCAAAAAGUACCUUCCUAUCAACUCAACUUCGCGAAUACCUCACAGAACCGCAUGCCAUUCCACUCAUAUACAGCGACAUUAUUGGAAGGUUUAUCGAUAGAAAUGAGGAAGGGUACCCGGGGCUUAUACUAAAUUAUGAUAGAAGAAAUGAUAGAGAUGCCUUCGAAGUACUAGGUAAAAAUGGGAAAAAGUAUACCCUAUUCGCUAAUGUAUCAACACUAACGUUCAUUGAAUACUCCGUAGACGAUCCCCUAUACCAUGAGUUUUUGACUCUAAACAAACGGCAAAGACUUGACUACUUAUUCACGCAAAAAGUAAGUCCAGAGAACAAAGUAAUACUAAUUCCAUCAAGAAAUGCAUACUUAUGA